GAACGGAAGUACAAAGCGAAUCGUAUCUUUGAGCCUUCGUUUUGUUUCGACCGAACUGCAUCGGAGAUGCCGCGUCGAGUUCUCCUACGUCGUUUCCUGCUGCUUUUCGUGUUGUUUCAUCGUCUCAUUGAUGGGAUCUCUCAGUGUCUUUCGAACGACACGUGUACGAGAGGUAAAAGGGCAAAGGAUGAUGAGAACGCGAGGUAUCUGAUAUUUCCACAGGGAAGUAACGUUCAGUUGGUAUACUGCAUGACCAUCAGCACGUACUCGAAGCCUCAAGGAAUGUUUACCGUUGGUGUUACGGCCGGACUGGCAUGGGAGCUUCCUCAUAGAAAUACCGUAUUGUACAGGAAGCCAGCCGAGGUUUAUCAUCGUCGAAGCAGAAGGGAGUUGUACCGCAAAGUGGAACUAAUGCUGAAAACUCAGGGUAAAGAUGGCAAGGCUUGCGUUCUCAAAGCUAUUUGCAAGGCUUCUAAAAGGGAUAGAGACAUGGUCGGCAAGGGUACCUUCCUUGAAGAAAUCCUACAUACAAUUUUCACAUUACCCGAUGGUUUCUACGAGCAUGAUCCAAUGACAGAAUACGAGGAAGCCCAUUGGAAGAAAGAAAAUUGCAACGAAUAUAUAGCAAAAUGUCCAGACGUUUUUUGAAACAAGACGGAUGAAUUUUAUUUUGAUUUACUCAUACAUCGAUAAAUUUUUCUUCCGGAAAAUCGCCUUUAUGAGUACUCAGGCAUCAACUAUGUCAGACUUCCUCUAGAGAAGCUCGGAAACCGCUUUAGUUAAUGCUGCAUUUCUGCGGCCAAGUACAUACCACAUCUUCCAUCCUAUCAUACUUCAUCAAAACUUGGCAGCUCAUUAACGAAAUUAACGUAAUAAAUCUAAAUCAAUUAAAUUAUUCGUCGUUAUAUUAAUCAAUUUAACUUAAUAAAUAUUUAUAUACCAUUUAAUACGAUAUUUAAUAAGUUGUCAAAAGAUCAAAGAAGAAUAGUAACAUUUUAUUUAUUCAUUCUUAUGUUUCUUUUUACUCUUAUAAUACGGGUAUAUAGUAUUAGGGAUAGUAGACACAUAGAACUUCUAGUACAUCCACUUCUACGUCCUCGUUGAACUGUAUAAUAAACAUUCAUGCUGUCAGAGCUUAAUGCACUUUUUAUUGCAUAUCGUCUGAGUGCUCUAGUAUCUUCACGUUAUAUAUCCCAACACUACAUAUGCUCUAUUUCGUAUGAUAUUUUAUCGAUACGUUUAUCGUAAGUUCAUAUGAUAAUGUCGUUCUUAAAAAAAUGACUUGAUAGUAUGACGUAAAAAUUGUACUAAUUAAUGUGCCUAAAUAAGUAGCUGAUACACAUUCGACGUGUCAUCAUA